CUGCCUGGCCUGCACCCUGUCUCAUUGUGGAGCUAGAGGAGUUUGAACACAUAAGCAGGCCAACAAUUAUUUUUACCCUGUAUUUAACAAUAUUUGUAAAGUAGAUAAUAGGGACAGCACCAUGAUGAAGUACAAUCAACCUCUGAGAUUAUUUGACUGAAACAAGAAAAGGUUAGAUAACAUUUUAGGGAGACUGAUAACUGCAAUCCUAAACUUUACGUUCCGCACACUGUUAAAGUGUAAUAAACCAUAGACGUACAUAAUUCACAACCUAACCUAACCGCCCUGUUGUUAUUGAGCAGCUGACGCAGUGUCCGGAUGUGGAUGUGGCAGACAGCUAGCUACGACAGUUCCGGUGCGAAUGUCUGCUUGGAGAGAAACCAGAGAGGAAGGGAUUAGCGAAACACCCCAGGUCGGACAUUGGCAAUAGUUUGACGGCCACUGGCCUUCGGAACCGGUUGUGAGCAGGGUUAGCGAAACACCCCAGGACGGACAUUGGCAAUAGUUUGACGGCCACUGGCCUUCGGAACCGGUUGUGAGCAGGGGACAACCGACCUCUUGGCUCUAACUCGUUAUUUUACCCAGUUUUGAGCUCUAGGUAUGAACUGAGAAUGAAUGUGAACCAGCAGACUCCCAUGGCGUCUCCGUACGGCCAGCCCCAGCCUGGCUAUGGCCAGCCCAGCUACGCUCCCCUGGGAGGGAGCUACCCUGGCCCCUACGGACCCAACGGGCCCGCUACAGCCUACCAGCCUGGGGCUCCACCACAAGGUUACUCUCCCUAUGCCAGUUUUCCCUCUAAGGCUGUGGCAGCUAACCCAGUCUCUGACCUGUCCUCUCCUCUUGACUUAGGACCUGCCAGAGGCUCCCCUACCUCUGCCCCCCGUCCAGUCUCCACCCCCCAGGCAUACUCCCAGUAUCCCCAGGGAGACAAUCAGAACGGACCCCCACCUAUGGCUCACUCUAUGUCCCAGCCAGUUCACAGGUCGCCUGUGUCUCAGCCGUAUAGCCAAGGUGCUAUGAACUUGUCCGGGCCACACCCCUCCUACCCCCAGCAGUACGGGGCUCAGCCCCCCAUGCAACAGGUGACCAAUCAGAUGUCAGGGAUGCAGAUCGGGUCCGGCCCCCCCACCUCUGUUGGGCUGGGAUAUGCUCGCCAUCCCAGCUCCCAGCCUCCAAUCAGUGCAUACUCCGCUGCAGCCCCUCCCUCCUAUACGCAAGCUCCUCCCCCAUUGUCUGCUGCCCCCUCCCAGCCUCCCCCUCCCAGUGAACCUGCCGCCCCCCAGCCUUACUAUAGUGUCCCCCCUCCCCCCCAACAACAACCCUUCGCCUCCUCUGCCCACCUUCCCUCCCAACCCUUCCUCUCCUCCUCUCCAUACUCGGGCCCUCCCCCUCUCAGCCAACCCCAGGCCCCUCCAGUCUCUCAACAGCAGUCCUUCCCACCUGGCCCCCAUCCCCAUGCUCAACAACCCUUCCCCAACUCCGCCCCUCCUCCAGUCUCCCAGGCCUCCUACUCUGGCCCCCCUCCUCACACCCAGCACUCCUUCCCCCCCAGAGGCCCCCCUCACUCCUCCCAAUCUGGCCCCUUCCCACCUAUCUCUAUACCCCCUGCCCAGUACCCAGGCCCCCAGCCCCCGUCCCAACCCGGGCCCCCUCCCUUCCACUCUGAGCCCUCUCCUCAAGGCCCCAUGCCACCCCCCUCCAUGUCCCAGCAGCAGGCCAAUCACCUUCCGCCCGGCCCCAUGCAGCAGCCCCCCAUGCAGCAACAGCACCCUCCUCAGCCUGGCAUGCAGGGAGGAUACCCACCCCAGCAGAAUGGUGCGUUUGGGCAGCCGAGAGGGCCCCAGCCCGGCUAUGCAGGCCCGCAGUAUCCCGGGCAACAGAACUACGGAGCAGGCCCUGCCCCUGCACCCGCUCCCACCGCACAGAAGAGACUGGACCCUGACUCCAUCCCCAGCCCGCAAGCGUCUGAGCUGCCGGCUGUGCAGAAAUCGAGACAUAGAAUAGACCCAGACGCUAUCCCCAGCCCAAUUCAGGUGAUUGAGGAUGACCGGGUCAACAAGAGCAGUGAGCCGUUCACCACUGGGGUCAAAGGUCAGGCUCCACCCCUGGUCACCACCAACUUCCAGGUGAAAGACCAGGGCAACGCCAGCCCGCGGUUCAUCCGCUGUACGGCCUACAACAUGCCCUGCACAGCCGACAUGGCCAAACAGUCCCAAGUCCCCUUGGCCGCUGUAAUCAAACCCCUGGCCACGCUGCCCCCCGACGAGACGCCUCCGUACAUUGUGGACCAUGGGGAGGGCGGUCCUAUCCGCUGUAACCGCUGUAAGGCCUACAUGUGUCCCUACAUGCAGUUCAUCGAGGGUGGACGCCGCUUCCAGUGUGGCUUCUGCAGCUGUGUCACAGAGGUGCCUCCCCACUACUUCCAGCAUCUGGACCACACAGGGAAGAGGGUGGACUGCUACGACAGGCCAGAGCUCUCUCAGGGCAGCUACGAGUUUGUGGCCACCGUCGACUACUGUAAGAACAAUAAGCUCCCCCAGCCCCCAGCGUUCAUCUUCUUCAUCGAUGUGUCUUACAACGCCGUGAAGAGCGGCAUGGUCAACAUAGUCUGUCAGGAACUCAAGACUCUACUGGACUACCUGCCCAGGGAGAAUCCAGAGGCAGACUCGGUGGUGCGUGUGGGUUUUGUGACCUAUAACAAGGUGUUACACUUCUACAACGUCAAGUCCAGCCUGGCCCAGCCCCAGAUGAUGGUGGUCAGUGACGUCAGUGACAUGUUCCUCCCUCUGCUCGACGGCUUCCUGGUCAGCGUCAACGACAGCCGGAUGGUCAUCGAGAGUUUGCUAGACCAGAUUCCGGAGAUGUUUGCAGACACCAGGGAGACUGAGACGGUGUUUGGACCAGUCAUCCAGGCAGGACUGGAGGCACUGAAGGCUGCAGACUGUGCCGGUAAGCUGUUUGUGUUCCACUCCACUCUGCCCAUCGCUGAGGCUCCUGGGAAACUGAAGAACAGAGAGGACAAGAAACUGGUGGGAACAGACAAGGAGAAGUCUCUGUUCCAGCCCCAGUCUGGUUUCUACAGUAACCUGUCUAAGGAGUGUGUAGCACAGGGCUGCUGUGUGGACCUCUUCCUGUUUCCCAACCAGUAUGUCGACGUGGCAACACUUGGCGUGGUGCCCGUCUCCACUGGGGGCUCCAUCUACAAAUACACCUACUUCCAGGCCAAGACGGACCGUGAGCGGUUCCUGAAUGAUCUGCGGCGAGACGUUCAGAAGCCGAUGGGCUUCGACGCUGUCAUGAGGGUCCGAACCAGCACAGGUAUCAGAGCGACAGAUUUCUUCGGCUCGUUCUUUAUGAGUAAUACGACAGACGUGGAGCUGGCAGGACUGGACUGUGACAAGACAGUUACCGUGGAAUUCCGCCAUGACGACAAGCUCAGCGAGGACACUGGUGCACUCAUGCAGUGCGCAGUGUUGUACACCAGCUGUAGUGGUCAGCGGCGUCUGCGGGUCCACAACAUGGCGGUCAACUGCUGCUCCCAGCUCGCCGACCUCUACCGUAAUUGUGAGACGGACACCAUCAUCAACUUCUUCUCCAAGUAUGCGUACCGCAGCAUAUUGAACACCCCCACAAAGACAGUGAGAGACACCAUGGUAAACCAGUGUGCCCAGAUUCUGGCCUGCUACCGCAAGAACUGUGCCAGCCCCUCGUCUGCCGGACAGCUGAUCCUACCAGAGUGUAUGAAGCUGCUGCCGGUCUAUCUGAACUGUGUGUUGAAGAGCGACGUGCUGCAGCCGGGAGCUGACAUCUCAUUGGACGACAGAGCCUACCUGAGACAACUGCUCGGCUGUAUGGACGUAUCAGAGAGCCACAUCUUCUUCUAUCCCCGCCUACUGCCCCUGGUGAAGUUGGAUGGAGGGUCGUUGCCAAUGGCAGUGCGUAACUCAGAGGAGCGCCUGUCGAAGGGUGGAGUCUACCUCCUGGAGACAGGGCUCCACCUCUUCCUGUGGGUGGGAGCCAAUGCCCAGCAGGAGCUGCUCAGUAACAUCUUUGGAACGCCCACCUUCAGCCAAAUAGACCCCAACAUGACGAAUCUGCCGGAGCUGGACAACCCGUUCUCCCAGAGACUCCGAGAGAUCAUCGACUCCUUCAGAUCACAACGAUCACGAUACAUGAAGUUGAUGGUGGUGAAGCAGGAGGACAAGGCGGAGCUAAUCUUUAAGCACUUCCUGUGCGAGGACAAGAGCGCCAGCGGAGGAGCGUCCUACGUCGACUUCCUGUGUCACAUGCACAAGGAGAUCCGUCAGCUACUCAGCUAGGACCCUGACUUCUGACCCUUUAACACUGACCCCGUCACCUCUCAACCCCCCCUCCCCCUGAUGCGCUUUCUUUUAUUUACCUAAUAAACUUAACCCCUCCCCCUCUGUCAGCAAGAGGCCAGAGACAUAUACACAGCCUCAUGGCAGAUUCCGUGUAUGUGUGUCCUCAUACGACUCUACUAUUCCAAACGUCAAGCUCUAAAACAACUGGAGCUGAUCCACUGGCCAGUGGAGGAGUGUGUGUGUGUAUUUGUGAGAGAGAGUGUGUGUGUGUGAGGGAGAGAGUUGCUGUUGAUUGUAGUAGGUGUUCAGUCUGUAACACUAGCACUGAAAGGCUGUUGUGGGUGUACCGGCCCGUUGGUAGAAACUCACUCUUUUUGUAUGAUUCAGACCCAGUAGAGCUAAGGAAGAUGACUUAAACUACAUGACACAUGAAAUAAAUGCUGUUUUUUCCAUCUCUAUAAUUAUUUUUCUAUUUGGCUUAUUCUCUCUCCCUCUCUGACAUUGCCUUACUCCCCCUUUCCUCUGUGACUUUUACAAACACUACUGAGGCAAUAGGAGAAAGAGAGAGGGAGGAGUGUAUAGAGAUAAUCUGUGAUUGAGGUUAAACUCCCAAUAAAAGUCUAUGCAUCUAAUCAUCAAGAGGCGAGGGGUUUGAACUUUCAACCAGUGUGGGGGUCCCACUAUGACUCACACUCACACAGUAUAGACUGUUUGGUGGAGGUGUGUGUGUGUAUCAUGUUGUUUACUAACGUGUGUAUCUGAUAGACACCAUUCUCUGACAUGAUGCCUGUUCCCUGUUUGUCUUCCUGGCUGUAUUGUCCUGUCUGUGAAGGGAAGGAGUGACUGGCUGUGCUUCUCAAAAUUGAGGUCAGUCAGAGAAAAAGUGAUGAGAAUAAUAGUGGGUCGCAUGGUCAUGUUCAGUAGGCACGAAACAGGAGAAAACUAUUUGAAACAGGGAAGUACUUUUGUUUUGUUUUCCGUAGCAGAAUGUUUUGCUACGUUGUACCUUGCUGAACAUGACCCUGUUCUCUACAUACAGCUGUGUCUCUGAGUUGUCCCACACUGAGAACUGUCUGCUAUAGAACCUCAGUUCAUAUUUAGAUAUAUAACCUACGUAUAUAACCUGUACAGAAUUAAAUCCUCCGUUUUAAACACCUGUGUCAAAUGCUGUGGUUUGUCAGUCCUAUCCGUUGCUAACGCUCACACAAAAUCAGUCGUGCUUUUUGUUCUGUCGCUAGGUGUGCAGCAUAGUCUACUGUGUGUGUGAGAGAGCGAGAGAAGGUGGAUGUGUGGGUUUCUGGAGGCAUAUCCUGGUGAAUUUCUCUAAACUAGAGGAAAAGAGGGAUCCGCCGAUACAUGGACUUUUGCAUUUAUUUUCGUUCUCAUGUCUUAACACAGUGUUUGUGUGCUGCCCUCUUCUCUGACCCAUCUCUCUGUUGAAUGGCCCUUCUUUCUGACUGACCGUGAUUUUACGUUUUCCUUUUCUCUUUGUUUUUGUCAUUGCCUCCUGGACUGUUAAUAAAGUUAUUGUUGAAUCACCAUG